GCACGCCCAUCCUACACUAGUAUUUAUAUUGUACUUCCUUUUUUUUAUCUGCCCUGUUCAACAGAUACUGUGGGGCUUCGCAAAGUUCAAUCAAUCUGAGUGUUGAUUGAAAAGAAACUGGGAGAGAACAUGAAUCAGAGGACAGCCAUUAGAGGGAGGCCGUCUGGAACUGAUGGCUCUGAUUUCUCCUACCGCAUGGUCGUUGAUUCCAGAUACACGAAAGUUGCAAAAGCAAAGUCUCGUCUGGCCAAAUUGAUUUUUUCUCAGGUUGUCACUCAAUUGAUGAUAGCGGCUAAUGUAUUUGUUUCCUUAUCAAAGAACGAGUCUCCAGAUAGAAUUUCGGUUUCUUCCCUUGUGAUUGGCUUUGUGUCUAUUGUGGCAGGAGAACUAGGUCGAAAGAAAAGCCGAUCCAGCUUUCUGAAGUUUUAUGUGGUUGGAUCAUCGAUGGCAAUCCUGCUGUCAGUGGCAUAUCUUGCUAUGAGCAAUCUCCAAUUGGAGUCUUUCCAAAAUUUUACUAGUUUGGAGACUCUUAAGGUUGCAGCUGUCCUACUAGGAUUUCUGGUACAAUUAUUUGCAAUUGGUACAACCGUUUCUCUUGUUAAAAACAUGGCACCUCCUAAGAGGGCUUCUUGAUUAUCAGUGUAACUCUGUUGUUACUCCAAAUGUCUUUGACUGACUAAAGAGGAUUCUUAUAUACUUCGGAUUCAAUGGAGAUGCUGCUGUAAGUUGCCUUUUAUCAAUGCAAUUUUUGCAAGCUUUUCCGAUUUAAGAUUACUUCAUGAAGACUUGAUACGUGAAGUAAAAAGGAGCCUCAAUGUUGCUGCUGUCAAUGUUUCUUCACUUCACACAAGUUGGCGUAGAUGCACAAUACUGGGUUUAGAAGGAUUGAAUUGUAACUUACCGAACAAAAUAAAAAGGCAUAAUACAUAAACAUGCCCUUUUUAACUUGACAUCAAAUCACAUCUAUGACCUCCAACUUUGGGUGUGAACAAGUAUACUUAAAUUUGUAUAAAGUUAAAUAAGUAGAUACACACGUCCUAUGUGGCGUAAUACACGUAGGACACCAUGUAGGACAAAAAUUUGCUAUAUAGGACACCAUGGAGGACAUGUGUGUCUACUUAUUCAAUUUUAUACAAAUUUAAGUGUCUACUUGUGCACACUCAAAGUUAGAGGUCAUAGAUGUGAUUUGAUGUCAAGUUAACGGACAUGUUUAUGUAUUAUGCCAAAUAAUAAUCACAUAAAUUGAACCAUAAGUAAUUGAUGGUGGAAAACAUGAUUUAAGUGUACAUGGGUAAAUUUGUAAUUUACCUACCUUUUACUUUACGUUUCAUAAGGUGCAACUGUUGCUGUUCGCUUGUGGCAGAAUGCUCUUGCAUUCGACUAGAGCUAAAUUUGGAUAUCAAUACGUAAUGACGAAUUUGAGAA